CUGAUGGUGUUGUUUGUUGAGGAUCUAAUAGACACCAUUUGAGGGUUUAUUUUAUAUAUAUGUCAUCUGCACCACCGCAAAGGGGCUCACUGGCACUUGUAAUCUAUUCUUUACCCCCUCCAACCUCUUAACAGAAGGUAUGUACCAGGGGCGGACUGACAACUCAUGGGGCCCCCGGGCAAUAGGGGAUCAUGGGGCCCCUGUGUCCUCUCCCACACUCAAACCACACCCAAAAAAGCCUAUGAAAGGUACCAGGGGCAUCUCAUGGGGCCCCCUACUGACCCGUGUCCUCGGGCAGUGCCCGAGUUCUCGAAUGGUCAGUCCGCCCCUGGUAUUGUCAGUGCUUUUUAUU